AGAAACUCCAUUUCACUCUGAAAGCAGCACUCCACAGUGAGGACUACACCAUGGCCACUGCAGAGACAAACCAAGACUUUCAACUAAUCAUUCCUAAAGACGAAAUAGUUCUGAAGGAUAUUGGUGUUGAUGUCACACUGGGCUGUCACCUCUCUCCUUCAAUCAGUGCUGUUGCUAUGGAGAUCAGGUGGUUUAAGGAGACAGACUGUAUAUACCUGUAUGUGAAUGGUGACACAAAGUCUGCUGAGCUGCUCUAUCCUGCGAGGACCUACAAGGGCAGAGUGAAUGUGGACCCCAAGCGGCUACAGAGAGGAGACGUGUCUCUCACACUGAGGGGGUUUUAUGAGUCUGAUAGAGGUGUGUACACGUGCCAGGUCAUCAGUGGAGAAUGCACACAUGAGAGAAGACUCAAGUUGGAGAAUUACACUUGGCCAUGGGAUGCAGCAGUGUUCAGAUUUAGAAUGUGGGCCAAACGUUUACAAUGGAGGGAGAUCACUGAUGAUGAGCGACACCGCAUGGGGAGAACAGCACAGUUGCUGACUGUCCAAAUGUUUCAGGGUAAGGUGAAGGUGAAGGAUCAGGUGAAUGUGCAGUUAAUGAAUCCAAUUGAAUCAGGGGCCAACAACACGAGCCUGGAGCAGCCACAGCCAGAAGUUCAAAUGAAACAAAGCGAAGAACAGCUGCAGAAGUGCCGUCAUAUCAUCAUUACCAGCCUGUCAGGAAGUACAGUCAAGAGUCUUCUGGAUGGACUCCAGAGCAUUCCUGUGAUCAGCAGCAUGGAGGCAGAGGAGAUUCUGCAGAAAACCAGUGUGGUGCAUGAGCAGGCAAGGUCCCUCAUUGACACGGUGUUGAAGAAGGGAGACAAAGCCUCUAACAUCUUGCUUAGCUUGCUUGAAAAACUCGACCCUUUCACAUAUGACAAGCUCGGCCUGUAA